UGUAAGAGCAUUUCCACCCCAACAGCCUAGCCCAAACAAAAGGUCCUUAGGCCUCAAAAACCAUUUUCAGUGCAGCAAUUUGGGCAAAUGGUGGGCUCCACCAAGUCUGGGCAGGGCCUAAAGCAAGAAUAUCCUGAGGUAAUGACAUCAGCGUUGAUGUCAUUAACGUAAAUUUUUUUUAAUUGAAAAAAAUUCUAAAAAAUUCAGAAAUAUUUUUUUUAUACAUACCUAGCAAUUUUUAUUAUUAUUAAUCUCAUACAUAUAAAUAAAAUUAAUCUCAUAUGAAUAAUAAUUGCUCUUGAAUUAUCAUGGCAAUAAAUAAAAAAAUAAAAAAAAUAAAAAAAAGACAAUCACUAUUUACAUAAAUAAUUUCUAUUUGCUCUGACACGAACGUGCUCUAAAAAAACGCACAUCUUGUCUUCACCAACUGACUAAACCAUGUCUCCGUAAUUUGCACGUUGUCGGUUAAUGAUCCAUACGAACUUAAACGUAAACGGGAAUUCGACCACGCAGACAAGGACACGAAUUAGUACUCGAAUAAGACCCGCUCCUUGCCCGUUUCUCUCUCCCUCCCUUCCUCCCUCUCUCUCUCUCUCUCUCUCAAAACCAGACAAAUACCAUCUACUUUGAAAGCAUAACGUUCGACUCAAAAUUCCAGAUGCCUGAGCUCGAAGUUGUCAAGCUGCUUAAGCCCCACGCAGCCUCAUACGACGUCGCUUUCGUCCCCCUACAUUCAAAUUCCUUCGAAUCAAAUCAUCAUCCACCUCUCACUCAUAAUCACAAGCAUCGGAAUCAAAUUCAUUCCUCAAUUAUCACUUCGUCCCAAUCUCCCCCUCUCCCAGAAACCGACCAGCGGUUCUAUUUUCCAAAAACAAAACGAAGCGCAGAAUCAAAAUGCUUUCUCUCCACCUUCUCAAACCCCCAAUAUUCGCCGGAGCGCGAAGCACUCUCGCCCGGGCCAAUGCGGCCACUCCACGUGCGUGCCUUAGCGUGGACGUGCGCACGGUCGAUCAAUCGAAGCCAGGGGUGGCGGUGGGGAGCCAGGAGGUGAUGGAGGCGGAGGGGAGGGUUCUGGUGGGGACGUACAAAAGGCCGCCCGUGGUGUUGUACAGUGGCAAAGGAUGUAAAUUGUACGAUCCUGAAGGGCGAGAGUAUUUGGAUUUGUAUUCUGGGAUUGCAGUGAACGCUCUUGGACACGGGGAUCCUGAUUGGAUACGGGCUGUCACAGAGCAAGCCCGUACGCUCACCCACGUCAGCAACGCCUACUAUUCCAUCCCUCAGGUGGAGCUAGCAAAACGUUUGGUGGCUUGCUCCUUUGCUGAUCGUGUCUUUUUCUCCAACUCUGGCACAGAAGCAAAUGAAGCUGCCAUAAAAUUUGCAAGAAAGUUUCAAAGAUUCUCAUUUCCUGAAAAGAAAGAGCCUGCAACAGAAUUCAUUUCUUUCACCAACAGCUUCCAUGGGAGAACGAUGGGGGCCGUUGCUUUGACGAGUAAGGAGCAUUAUCGGUCGCCAUUUGAGCCUGUCAUGCCUGGAGUUACUUUCUUGGAGUAUGGCGAUAUACAAGCUGCAACAAAACUAAUUCAUUCUGGCAAAAUUGCUGCUGUGUUUCUUGAACCUCUCCAGGGCGAAGGUGGCAUACUUAGCGCAACUAAAGAAUUCUUGCAAUCCUUGCGUGGUGCUUGUGAUGAUUCGGGGUCGCUACUGGUCUUUGAUGAGGUUCAAUGCGGCUUAGGCCGAACUGGUUAUCUCUGGGCACAUGAAGCUUAUGGUGUAUUCCCAGACAUAAUGACGCUGGCCAAGCCUCUUGCAGGAGGCCUCCCCAUAGGAGCUGUUUUAGUUACAGAAAAAGUCGCUGCUUCAAUAAAAUAUGGAGAACAUGGAAGCACAUUUGCUGGAGGGCCGCUUAUAUGCAAUGCCGCCCUUUCUGUUUUGAACAAAAUCUCAAAGACCGAGUUUCUAUCCGGCGUCUCGAACAAAGGUCAGUACUUCAAAGAAUUGUUAACAAAGAAGCUGGGAAAAAAUCCACACGUGAGAGAAGUACGUGGUUCAGGACUUAUCGUUGGUGUAGAGCUAGAUGUUUCUGCUUCACCACUCGUCGAUGCCUGUCGAAAUUUGGGUCUUCUAAUAAUAACAGCAGGAAAAGGAAAUGUUCUCAGGCUUGUGCCCCCUUUGAUUAUCUCUAAGCAAGAAUUGGAGUAUGCAGCUGAGGUAUUGCUUGAAUGUUUGCCGGUCCUUGAUGGCUCUAAUUGAAGUUCAAGUACCUAUAACCAUUUAGCUUCAUAUAUUUUUUGGUCGAAAAUUUAGCUUCAUAUAUGACAUGUACGUUAUUGCUGGGUUUUAUGUUAGCUCAGUUUGUGCAUGUCUCUGUUUUGCGCAGUCCGAUCGUUAAGCUAUCAAUUGCAUCUUUAUAUACAUAGAGCUAUAUGUAAUGGUUAUGGUGGUAGGUAUUCUCAUGAGGGUUUACAUCUUAGCUGUUAGAUUUGAUAUGGAUGGAUAAGAUCCAUCUCUUUGAUUCUUAUUUGUGAGAAACUAGUUCAUAAGUACAUAGUAAUUACAAGCAUGAACAUUGAUAUGAUCAAAUAGUCCCAUAACACUACUAGAAAGACAAACACAACAAGACACAGAUGCAGGCCACAACCCUAA